AUGGCAAUAGAUUCUUUCAUAGACUUGCAAAAGGAAAUGGAUGUUUUUCAGGAACAUCUUCGUCGUGUUCUUGAAGAUCGGAAACUUAAACUACUUCAAAUGAUAGACGGUUAUAAAGAAGAAGUUAGAACCUUAGAGAUCAAACAGAAGGAAAUUGAAGCUCAGGUUGAGGAAUUGAGAGAUGAAGAGAUUAAUUUGGAAGCUGAAAUAAAAGAGUCACAGAAGCAGCAUGAUGAAAAGACAUCGAAGAUCAAUAGUUAUGAAAUUAGGAAGAAGCAGCUGGAAACAGAAAAAGCAAACGUCGCAAAGGAAAACGAAGAACUGAAAUCUAUGCUUACGCGAAAGCAGCACGAGAUUGAAAAACGAAAGAACGCAUUACUCCUGCAGCGUCAGAAAGAUUAUCCAGAUGUGCGUAUUUACGAAAGAUUAUUAGGCCUCAAAAUAGACGCAACCAAACCUGAAACUCUGCGGUUCACUUUCAACCAUGUCUCCCCCUCCGACUUGACGAAAUCAUGUGAAUUGGUAUUGGGCCUUACAUCAGACGAUUACAAGGUAUUAGAGACAGUUCCUAAGCUGGACCCUAUAACCACACAUGAGCUAGAGAAAGAACUGAAUGCCAAAGGCAAUUUGCCAGAAUUUUUGAAGCUCAUAAGAACUCAACUGGUCGAUGCUCUUCAGUCGUAA